AUGCUCAAGACAGCGCUCAGAUCAGUCGCUAGCACCUCUAGGCAGUCCAACCUCGCCUUGAGAUCCUUCACAUCCUCACCGAUCACUGCUUUUGCCCAGCCAUCCAAUGAGACUCCCACGCCUCCUCCUGGAAAAGUUCCUCAGAUGAAAGAAUUCAAGAUCUACCGAUGGAACCCUGAUCAGCCAGCUGAAAAGCCCAAACUGCAGAGUUAUUCCAUCGAUUUGAGCCAGUGUGGUCCCAUGAUGCUGGAUGCUUUGAUCAAGAUCAAAAACGAGGUCGACCCUACUUUGACGUUUCGAAGAUCUUGCCGAGAAGGAAUUUGCGGGUCUUGCGCCAUGAACAUUGACGGAGUCAAUACUCUGGCAUGCCUCAGCAGGAUCCCAAAGGACACAAAGCCAAGCAAGAUCUAUCCUCUUCCUCACAUGUACAUCGUCAAGGAUCUCGUCCCUGAUCUCACCAACUUUUACAAACAGUACAAAUCUAUCGAGCCUUACCUCAAAAACGACAAUCCCCCCGCAAAGGGAGAGUUCCUCCAAUCACAGGAAGACAGAAAGAAGUUGGAUGGAAUGUACGAGUGUAUCCUGUGUGCUUGCUGCUCCACCUCUUGCCCAUCAUACUGGUGGAACCAGGAUCAAUACCUUGGCCCAGCAGUCUUGAUGCAGGCUUACAGAUGGAUGGCAGACUCACGAGACGCAUACGGCGCGCAACGAAAGGAGAAGAUGCAGAACUCCAUGUCCCUUUACCGAUGUCACACCAUUUUCAACUGCUCGAAGACCUGCCCCAAGGGUCUGAACCCCGCCAUGGCAAUUGCUAAGAUGAAGCUGGAGAUGGCCCAAGAUAAGUAG